AUGGGGCUGCAGCCGCUUGAGUUCGCUGAUUGUCUGACGGACAGUCCCUUUUUUCGCACCAAGUUGGCUGAGCACGAACAGGAGCUUGAACGGACUAGCAAGUUUAUUAAGCAACUGGUGCAUCACGGAAGAGAUGUUUACAAUGCAGCGAAGCAGCUGUCUAAAGCACAGAGGAUUUUUGCCAAAGAUAUGAUGAACUUCAAGUUUGAGUGUAUUGGUAACCAACUGACAGAUGAUGAAAUUGUUAUCUCCAAGUCACUCUCCGAGUUCGGCAAAUAUAUCGAGAAGAUUGAAAACAACAGAGAAAUGAUGAUUGAUGCUGCAGAGGACUGUAUCAUGAAGCCUCUAGAGAGGUUCAGAAGGGAGAACAUUGGUGCUGCCAAGGAGGAGAAGAAGAACUUUGACAAGCAUACAGUUAAAUUUUGCCAGUCCCAGGAGAGAUAUCUCAACAUGAAAGCAUCCAAAAGUAACGACUCGGCAGCUCAGGAGGCGGACACUCAAGUGGAGUUUGAAAAGAAAGCGUUCUACACAGCAUCUAUGAAAUAUGUUCUCAAGCUGCAAGAAAUACAAGAAAAGAAAAAGUUUGAGUUUGUUGAAAUAUUACUGAGCUACAUGCUAGGCUGGCUGACAUUCUACCAUGAGGGUUAUGUGGAUCUGGAGGACUUCCGUAUAUAUGAGAAUACAUUACGUCAUUUGCUGCAGAAGACACGGGAAAGCUUUGAGUGUACCAGGGACGAGGCCAAUAAUUUGUUGAGUAAGAUGUUAAACGAGAACAAAGCUCUGAAACCAUUAGACCAGUCUGGCAUAUUGAGGGGUUUCACCAAGCAGGGAUAUCUUUACCUGAUGGAGAAAAAAGCGCUAGGCACCACGUCUUGGACCAAGUAUUACUGCCACUACAAGAAGGAGACCAAAGAAUUCUACAUGAUAUUCUACAACCAGGUUGGGGGAAAACUGUUGGAACCAGAGAAGUACACCCUGGAAAACUGUGUCAGACGUGCAUCGGAUACAAUAGAGAGAAGGUUUUGUUUUGAUGUGACACUGAAAGAGAAAUCUGGACCUCUCACCUUUCAAGCUCUCUCAGAAGAGGACCGGCGGUUGUGGUUAGAUGCCAUGGAUGGCAAAGAACCGACAUACCCGAUGCAUAAUUUGAAAACUGAAGAAUCCAUGCUGGACGAGAUCGGAUUCAAUUUUAUUCGCAAGUCUAUUGCAGCAAUUGAGAGCAGAGGUCUUCAAGAACAGGGUCUGUACAGAGUAGUGGGUGUCAACUCAAAAGUCAACAACCUGCUGAAAGUUGCCUUAGAUCCAAAGAAAGCAGACAAAGUCAGCUUUGAAGAUCCCUCAGUCUGGGAAACAAAGACAAUCACCAGUGCUAUUAAAAAUUACCUUAGAUCAUUACCUGAGCCCCUCAUGACUUUUCGCCUGCAUGACAGCUUUAUCAAAGCUGCUAAGCAGGAGAGCAAGACAUUGAGGAUCUUGGACGUGCAUAAAUAUGUGCAUCAGUUGCCACAAGCAAACUUUGAAAUGUUGGAUUUGUUAGUAGCACAUCUUGACAGGGUAGCCAGCAAGAGUGACCUGAACAAGAUGACUGUAGCCAACCUGGGCGUCUGCUUCGGCCCUUCAUUAAUGAGGCCUGAGGAGGAAACCAUGGCAGCCGUUUUGGACAUCAAGUUCUGCAACAUCGUUGUAGAGAUUCUCAUCAACAAUUACAAAGAGAUUUUUAAAAACCCACCAGAUGGGGCAGAUGUAAGCGAAUCUCGAGUUCUUCCAAACACCAACCAUUCAACGGGCAAGCCUCCAUUAGCCCCAGGAGCCUUGGCCAAUCAGAACGAGCCUUCAGUUCGGGUGUUAGCUGGACAGACUGUCAACCAUGCAGCAUUGACCCAGCCAUCUCGAAACUAUGCAAGCCAACCCAUAGGGCCACCCAGUUCUGUAACUACAAGGUUAAAACAGAGGCCGCCAAUCCAGCCAGUUACAACUAAUAUAGGAGGUGUUGAUAUUCAGAGCAGCACCAGCAGUAGUACAGAAUCUCUGACCUCGGCAAAAAGCAGCCUGUCUCCCCGAGCCUUGUCCGACUCCGGGACACCGCGGGCUCUAGGGAGCAGAGAUGGUCCAGUUGGCUAUACAUCUAAUGUCAGCGCACUGGCUGCCAGAUUCAGCAUCAACCUGGCCAGUAAUGACUCCACCACAAUAACUGUGAUAACCCGAUACAGAUGUGUCGGUGAUAAUGACACAGAGCUGUCAUUUGAGGCAAACCAGAUGAUUACAAAUGUGCGACCGUCUCGAGAACCGGGCUGGCUAGAGGGGACACUGGACGGCAAGACAGGAAUUAUACCAGAGAACUACGUCCAGUACAUAGACUGA